GUGCGUCCGCUCCGUUUCGUCACUCUUUUCCUCUGCCAAGGAAUGACAUUUUAGUGCUUAUUUGGUCGAAACCGUAAUGUGUGCCUUCCGCGAGGUUCUACGUAAAACGCAUUCCUUGAGUAGACUUUUCGUUACUUUUUGAAACAAGCAUCGUCGUAAGCUUUCGCUAGAACUGUUUAGUGCGUUACCGACUUGUGCUGAGAUUUAGAUACACUAGUGCGCUCAGACGAAACCAGUUAUUCACGAUAAACAUGUGUUCACCGAAACUAGAACCAAUUAGUGUACUUUGAACGCGCAGUAUCAUCCAAUUUUAACUACUCAGUGGAACUAAUUCUCGAAUAAACGCUGAUUAUAACUGUCCAUUGCAAGCAUUGUGGGUUAAUUUGCAUGAGACGCAUCAACGUGACUGUGAUGAGACAGGAAACGUCUCAAUUCCCGCAAUCAAGUCGAAACUCAUCAUGAAUGGUAAAGAAGCAAAAAGCCGCUUCCAGUUGUAUGCCCAGACAUAACUCAACAUUAUCUGCAUCUCAAUAUACGUACGUAGUUGCACCCCUAGGGCCUCCUGUUUGAGCAACUGCAUCAUAUGAUAUAGCAACGAUUAUAGUGAUUUUGCAGUUGCAAGUGCUAAAGGGGACUUGAUUGCUAAUGAGGAAGAAACCAAGGAAUUCGGAAGGAAACGAGCAAAAUGCCGCGCCAGCUUGUGCCUGUGUUUCACCAGAAAGUAUUCGUCCCGACUUUGACUCGCAUUGCGUUCGUGUUAUUGUUCCUGGGUAACCAUAGUAGCAGCCAAGCACAUUUGACCGAUAAACUGGAACCAAUCCGUGUUAACAAAUGCUGUGAGAAAUUCGAAGUGCUAUUGGAUUCCAGUUGUACUCAUGUAAAUGAGACGCAUUCCGAACCGUUACAACCAGUGUUUACAAACGAAAAUGGGCAAGGAAACAUCCAAGUCAAUUAUAAGUUUGUCAUAGGAAAGCCGGCAUGUAGUGCAAAGCAAUCAUGGCCCAUCUACCACUAUCCAGGGAGUUCAGACGAACUAGUCUUGCUAGAAGACGGCAAACUUAGGCAUUAUACACAAAAUCCGGCUAGCGCAAUGAUGGACACCGAUCUUGAGACUGACAAAAAGCCAAUUUACUACGAUCACGUUCAGGGACAAUAUUGCCUAGAAAUAGGUUACUCAACGACCGGAGACAACAAAAGGUUCAUGUUUGCCAUGGUGUGUUCACCUGAGAAAGUAGUACGGUGGACUGACACAGAUUUUCUCCUUAGAAAAAUCAUCAACCCAAUUUUCCAUGGGAUUUCGAUAGUUAUAUUACUUAUUGUAGCAAUAAUAUAUUUUAUCCUCCCAACACUAAGGGAUCUGAUUGGAAAUAUAAUAACUACAAUCACAAUAUGCCUGAUUGUAAGUCAGGCUGCAGAUUUGGUGCGAAUAUUCACAGAGUUUAGUAGUCAUGUUAGUUUCUUAGUUGCAGAUACAAUUUUAUAUGUAAGUCUAUUAGCGGCAUUUUUCUGGCUCAACAGUUUUGGAUAUUAUAUUUGGAAAACUUUCCGGUCACGGAACGUUUUUUUAAGAGUCACUGAUGGCAGGAAGUAUUGCUGGUACUCUGGUUAUGCUUGGGGAAUGACUUUUAUGAUGGCUGGAUUAGCUGUGUUUGCACACUUUUUCCUAGACUCCGAUUCAUAUCGAAAAAACUACAUAAUCGAGAAUCAAGAAACCAUAGGUUGGCUUGGAAUUGCAAUAUUUUUCACGCCCAUCGCUUGUAGCAUCAUUAUUGAUAUUUUUUUCUAUGUAACAACUUUAAAGUUGAUAAACAGACGAAAUGUAUAUGGCAGAAUUCAGCACAAACUCAAAUCAAAUUUCAUCAUGUACUCUUUGAUACUCAUAAUCAUGUCUGUUGCAUGGUUAUUUUUUAUCCUGUCCUGGCUACGAUUCGAUGCGCUCCUCUAUGUGCACAUGUUUAUUAAUGCCAUUCAAGCACCACUUAUUUUGUAUGUUUGUGUUAUUCGACAAAAACAUGUUACGUUUCUGUUAAAGAAGUCAUGCUGUUACAAUGAACCUCCUUCGAACAAUGACUGGGGCGACGAGCUACAUUAUAUGAACGACGGUGAUUUUUAGUGUUAUAAGACGAAACAAUCAAAAUUGUAACUAUUUAUAUACAACAAUGUAUGUGUAACAUUCCACUGUUAGACGUAACUGAAUAUUUUAGUUUAUUUAAAAAUUAUUUUAAAUUUUCAAUGUAUUUUUUCGAAAUAAUACUCUUAACACGACUAUUUUGCUGUACUUAUGUAUCUAUUUUGUAAACCAACUAUUUAUUUUGUAUACAUGCAUUAUUUGAUAACUUUUCGGGAGAACGAUGAUGUUGAAUAAAACGAAAUUACGCAUAA